AAUUGAGAAUCGGACUCGUUACUGAAAGUUUUCACUAGCAACACGAAAACAAGGAUAAUUUUUUCGUUUUCUCACUUUUCUUAAAAUAUAAACUAGAGGAAGAACACCUAAACAUCAUCGAUAAAUAUAACAGAAGAUCGGAUCAAACAAAUAAAAGUAUUGUUUACUCGAAUCUUUUUCCUGUCCAUCUCUUAUCUAUUUCAUUCGUGGCUGUUAAUUUAUUCAAAACUCCACAAAAGGGAAACCUUCCGAGAAAGAAUAGAAGGAAAGAAAAGAAGAUUAGGAUAAAGGCAAGAAAAUAAGACAGCAAAAAAAGAGAGAGAAAGAAAAAUAGCAUCGUUUUACUUACAAAAGCAAAAGUUUACCUGCAUAAAUUUACAGGAGAGAAGUUGAUUAUAAUUUCGAUCAUAUUGAAUACAUUUUAAUAUUUGCUUAACAUGUUACUGAUUUAAUCAGUUAAGUUAGAGAAGUUAAAGUACAGGGUGUUAUUCAAUUUUCUAUAAGACACUAGAAAGAUCAAAAGAAAGAUAAUUGUUCUAGGAUUAAUAAAUUUUUAUUAAAAAGUGGAUUAUCAUUAAUACUGGUAAUAUUUUCAAAUAUAUCGUAAGAAGAAAAUAUUGCUUAAGAUUUUUCUUUUAAUUAAGUUUAGUCGUCUCCUUGGCAUUGGCCAGAAAAUAUUGGUUUUUUAAAGGCUAAAAAUCCCUUUAUUCGAGCAUUGUGUGUCGAAAAAAAUUCAACACAGCCGUCGAAACAUUAUCUAAUGUUUCUGCUAAUCCAAAUUUUACUUUUUACUUGUACAUUUUGCACUGUUAAUGGUAACCGCUGUGAGUUUCUCUUCUGCAAGCCAGAAUGUAGCUCUUGACGAACCUAUUUUGAAUGGAGCUACUAUAGGAACUUUUACAGCAAGCGGCGCAACAUCCUAUAGUCUUUCCUCCAAUCCUAGUGGUAGUUUUGCUAUUGUUGCCGCUACUGGACAAGUUACAACUACAACGGAUUUGGAUUACGAAGAUGAAGGCGCCUCUAUUUCCUGUGAUGUUACGGCGACCGACGGAGUUAAUACUGAUGUGUUAAGGAUUAAUAUAGCGAUCAAUCCCAAAAAUGAAUUCGAUCCAACCUUUAAAGCUGAUAAUCAAUUCUUACCUGCCUAUGACUCGAGUACGGGUUAUCUAAUACCCGAAAAUUCCGCCAUCGGAUAUGAAAUUGCUACUCUUGGGGCAACUGAUGACGAUGUUGGAUUGGAUGGUGAUUGGACAUUUUCCAUCUCGGGCAGCGGAUCUGAUAAAUUCGUUAUUGAUGCUCAAUCCGGAAAAAUCUAUACAAGUGCAACAUUUCAAAGAGAUGGUUCAAGCGGAGUAACUUCAUACGACAUAACUGUGAAAGUUGAAGACGGUGGUGUUGCCGCCACUGGAGGCGCCAGAUCUACAACAAAGACAAUUAAAAUGGCUAUAACGGAUGUCAACGACGAAAAUCCUACAUUUACUUCUGGUAUUCAUACAGCAAAUUUCUUAGAAACUGUAGCAUCAGGAUCUACACUCACCAUAACACCCACUUUACUCGUUACCGAUGACGAUUCCAUUGGAACCUAUACCUAUACGUUUCUCGAUGGGAAUACACCGGCAUAUUUUACUUUGGACGAUGCAGUUCCAAAAUCACCAGUUAUAAAAUUGGCUCAAGUCGUAAAUCUCGACAAACCACAAAAUCAUGACGCGAGUUAUAGAUUAGUUCUACAGGUUGAUGAUGGAAAUAGUCAUACUGCAACAACAGUUAUUCUCGUUUCAGUAACACCAGUUAACGAACAUACUCCAGUUUUUUCACCUACAACGAACCCCGUAUCAAAAUCUAUUUCUGAAGCUGAAAGUGUUGGAUAUCUUAUUCAUACUGUUACGAGUACAGAUGAUGAUUACGGUGACGAUGGAGUCGUUAAAUACGUCGCUGAUACAAAUCCAAAUAAUUGGUUUGAUGUUGAUGAAAAUAAUGGAGAAGUUAGGCUACGAUCAAAAAUUGAUUACGAUGCCCUUACUGUUGCAGGAAGAACAGUUGAUCUCCUUGUUAGGGUUGAAGAUAAAAGUACUACUAGUGUUCGAUCGGCUACUUUGACUAUCAGUGUAACUAUUACUGAUGUUAGUGAUGAAGAUCCAUCCUGUACUCCUGCUAGUUACGAUACGACUAUUAAUGAAAAUUUGGCUGUAAAUUCGCCUGUUUUAACAAUAACUUGCUCUGAUUCGGAUGUAUCAGAAAAUAUUGCAUUCUCAAUCGACCCUAACACAGAUACUAACUCUAUAUUCCAGAUUCACGCAACAUCCGGAGCAAUCACAAUACAAAACACACCCGACUACGAAACAACUCAGACAUUCAGUCUUGGUAUUGAGGCUGUAAGUGGUCCUGGAGGGAGUGAAAAAACAGUUGUAGUUCCAGUUACCAUUAAUUUAAAUCCUUUAAACGAUGGACCUCCAGCAAUAACGAAUGGUCAAGUUACAAGAGCCGAAGAUGUUGCGGUUGGAGAAAAAAUUUUUCAGUUCUCGGCUAACGAUCCUGAUAAUUCUCCGUCCAACAAUCCUCAUGACGUUACCUCAUAUCGGAUCGAUAGCGUAGACAAUUCUGGAACUGCAAAAUUUACAAUCAAUUCAGUUACAGGAUGGGUUAUAAUUGCAGAAAGUUUAGAUUACGAAACUGCUACUCUUUAUAACAUUGUCGUUAUAGCUAAGGAUGGUGGUAAUUCCGAAAGUACUGCAACUUUAACAGUUACUGUAACAGAUGUGAAUGACUUUGCUCCUGUAUGCAACGAGUAUUCUUUAACUGGCACUAUUCCGGAGGAUUCGAGUGUCAACGAUCCUGUAGCAGGAACUACUCCCACUUGUAGCGAUGCUGACGGAACUACUGAUAAUAAUCAAAUCAAGUAUGAAUUUGCAACUCCUUCGGGAAAUACAAAUGAUGCUUUCAACUUGAACCCUUCCACCGGAGCGAUAACAGUUAAAACAGUUUCUUCUAUUAAUUACGAAGGAGGAGCUAGCUAUAGAGACUUUACUCUUACGGUAAACGUUAUUGAUAAAGCUGGUACGGGAUGUUCUGGAAGUUGUAAAACUGCUACUGUAGAAGUUCGAAUAACAAUCGAACCUGUUAACGAAGCUGAUCCAGUUAUUACGAAUGCAAAUACAUAUACAGCUAGCAUUUCAGAGUCUGCACUUGUUGGCUCAAACGUCGGUCUUCCAGUUGCCGCUUCCGAUGCAGAUCAAGGAAGUUUACACGGAACUCUGAGAUAUGCAAUAACUUCAAAUGAUCAAGGUGACAAUAAAUUUGGAAUUCGUCAAGAUGGUCAAAUAUAUGUCGAAGCUGCUCUUGAACGGGACGGUCUAAGUUUACCUGGAGCAAGAACUUAUAACUUAGUUGUGACAGUCGCUGAUAAUAUACCUGCCAGUCAAAGAGCAGCCACAACGACCUACGUUAUUACAGUUAAUGACGCAAACGAUAAUGCUCCAGUGUUUACUCAAAAUAUAUGGUCCGCUGCAUUGAAUGAACCGGGAGCUGUAAAUGAUGUUGUUAAAAAGGUGACGGCUACCGACGAAGAUGUUGGUACUUUCGGGACCAUAGUUUAUGAAAUAGUUUCCGUAACACCCAGUACACCUGGUCUGUUUAAAGUCGUCGCUGAUGAAAUCCAAUUGGAUAGUCUCUUGGAUUACGAUACUGGUCACAAAACUUUUUCUUUAAUUCUCAGAGCCAAAGAUAGCGAUCCAACGACACCUUUGAGUGCUACGUCCACUUUACAAGUUGUGGUAAAUCCAGUUAAUGAGAAUACUCCUAGUUUUGACCACCCCGCUCAAACGAUAGCUGUUUCGGAGACGAGUGCCCCUGGAGUUAUAUAUACUCUAUCAGCAUCGGAUACAGAUAGCGAGGCUGAUGGUGCAUUGAGAUUUUCAAUGGUAUCACCUACAGAUUCGACACUCUUUGCAAUUGAUUCAACUAGUGGGGCUCUUUCAACACUUCAAUCGUUAGAUUACGAAGCAACCGUUCAGACUUACACCUUGGUUUUGAGAGUUUCAGAUAACUAUGGCAAUACGGGAAAUCUAAAUGCUCAAAUUACGUUUACAAUCAAUGUUCAAGAUGAAAAUGAUAAUUUUCCAACUUUCGCUCAAACCGUCUACACAUUAAAUAUUGACGAAUCUUUUGCUGCUAAUACACUAGUUCCGUCUGGUACAAUUACUGCCACGGAUGCAGAUAGCGGUGCCAAUGCUGCUUUGACGUAUUCUAUUUACGGCGGAACCGGUCAGACUAGUUUUGUAAUAAACGCUGCUACUGGCGCAAUUUCGACUGCAGCCUCUCCCGGCUUGGAUCAUGAAAAUAGACAGAUUCACGCAUUAUUAAUUCGAGCUGUGGAUGGUGGUACUCCUGCUAAAACAGGUCAAACAGUCGUUAAUAUUAACGUGAACGAUGUUAAUGACAAUACACCCGAAUUCUUACCGAACAACCUCCAAGCAUCUGUAGAUGAAAAUUCAGCAGCUGUUACAGACAUUGUUACGUUAACGCUAAGAGAUUUGGAUUUAACUGGGAUAAAUAUUCAACAAGCCGUUUCUAUAACAACAAAUCCAUCAUCAAGAUUUCAAAUAUCUUAUACACCUUCUGCUGUACAAACUACUUAUCCAAUUUUACAAACAGCCGUUAGCCUUAACAGAGAAGUACAAUCAACGUAUGUUGUGGUUAUAGAAGCAGUAGAUACCGGAACUAAUCCUUCAGCUUUAACUGGAACAGUAUCCGUUACCGUAACGGUCAACGAUAUUAAUGAUAAUACACCAGUGAUUACUAGUACAGGUCAUACUGUGAGCGUUUACGAAAAUACAACUAUUGGCUCUGUUAUUAUUGAUGUGGACGCUACCGAUAGCGAUACUGGAGAUAAUGCUGCAUUGACCUACACAAUAGCUUCCGGAGAUGCUUUAGGGCAUUUCAUGAUUGACGCCGGCACAGGAAUAUUAAGUUUAAAGACAUCGCUAAAUUACGAAGCAAAUAUAGUACACAAUCCAGUAGUUGUUGUUUCCGAUAGAGGAAGCCCAUCGCUUUCAGUAACUGUAACUUUAACUGUAAGCGUUGUGGAUAAUAACGAUAACUCACCACAAAUACCCUCUACUUAUACAUUCAAUAUUGCCGAAAACGCUCCAAUCGAUACAAGGAUCGGUCAAAUAGCAGCAACGGAUGCUGACUCGAAUAAUAAUGCAGCAAUUCAAUACCAAAUCGUCUCAACUGUCUCAGGACCAGCUGACAGUUUUCGAAUAGAUAUCUCCAGCGGUGCCAUAUUCACAAAAACUAUCAAUUUGAAUAGAGAAGGAGUUAGCACCUAUAAAUUAUUGUGCAGAGCAACUGAUGGUGGAAGUCCACCGCUUCAUUCCGAUACAAUUGUUACUAUCAACUUGCUGGAUGAAAAUGAUAAUAAGCCAGUAUUUACGAAAAGCAAUCACAAGGUCAAUCUGGUAGAGCAUACGAAACCGGGAGUGUUUCUAGUACAAAUAGAAGCAACCGAUUAUGAUCAAAGUGUAAAUGCUAAACUAAUUUUUUAUAUUGAUCCGUUGAAUAACGUUUCAAAUUCAUUUUUCGAAAUUGACGCCAUUUCAGGAAAUGUUACAUUAAAAAAGGAAAUUGAUCGGGAAACCGACGGAGAUCAAUUCAAUUUUAAAGUUUACGCUAAAGAUUCUGGUCUUUCGCCUCUUUUCAAUUGGGUUUGGGUUACUGUUAAUAUUGUCGAUAUCAAUGACCAUACACCGACCUUUAGUGCCGCAAAUUACUCAACUGAAGUUGCUUAUAAUGAAGCGUCAAAUUAUACGAUUCUCCAGUUGACCGUUACCGACAAGGAUAAGGGUUUCAAUUCCGACUUGGUCUUUACUCAAAAUGGAGCAAAAAAUAUAUUCAAUAUGGAUAUUAAAAAGGGAAAAUUUUCCCUAGUCUCUGGAGUAACCUUACCAAUUUCAACCAAAUACACUUUUAGUGUAGACGUUACCGAUUUGGGUACUCCUAAGAGAGGAUCUCAAACCUACGUAAGAAUUGAUUCAUUCAAUCCAGAUUCGGUUAUAGUGAGAAUCGAAUUGAAUCUUGAAGUUGACGAAUAUAAAUCGAAAAGAGCAGGUCUGAUUAAUGAAUUGACAACGGCUUGUAAGACCAAAUACCCUACUUGCCAAGUAAAACAUUGGAAAUAUUCAAAGAGAAGAGCCCAAAAUAUACUAUUAAGUAAUAGAAGAAGGCUAUUGCAAGUAACGACAACAAAUCUAGAAUUGGAAUAUAUCAACGAAUAUAUUUAUGCAGUACUAGACGAUGGUACAGGGUCCAAUGAUGCCAAAAAAAUAUUAGCCAAAAAUGAAUUAUUAAGGUCUAAUUUCGAUACUUAUAAAAUCAACGCGGUCCAUCCGUACAAGGAAGAUUCAACUACUACACCCUGGAUUGAAACAACUACUGGAAUUGCGGUUGUUGCAACUUGUGCGGGAGUUGGCCUCAUACUUAUUAUUGCCCUUAUCGUAUUCCUCAUUUACUGGUGUUGCAUUCGAGAGAGGCUUUUUAUACCAGAAAACCGCCCUGUUACAGCUGUAAGGCGUCCUAAACCUAAAACGAAUAUGUUUCGCGAAAAUGGACGACCAACAACACCAAUAGUAGUGGUUCCUGCGAAGGACAACAACGGAAAGAAAUCUAUACCUCCUACAGACACUUCGUUUGAAAAGUCAAAAGCAACGAAUGAAAUAUAUUCGAAAUCCUCGUGGGGAAACAGAGGUUCGAGAUCAAUAACACCAGUUUUAACCCCAGAAGCAAAUUAUGAUAAACAGGCCGUGGAUCCAACAACUGGAAAAAUGUACGAAUAUAAUUCAAAGACAGGAGAGAGACGAUGGCUUCAAGAUCGGGAUGGAAAUUCAGUAAUGAAGAAAGGAAUGAACUUUUAA